AACGUAUGUUUAUUAAGGCGAGUUUUUAGUAGCGCAAAACAUUUGCUGUCGUACACAACUUCAAGCCUCCAAGCAAGACUUACAAAAAAAUUGUAUUUAAGACUGCAAAAAGAAUAUUUCAACAGUGCAAAUUUUUGUUUAAUAUUGUUGCGUUUGAAUAUAAGUGGUCGUAAAAAUGAAAUUGUUUAUUGGACUGGUCGUAGCUGUAUUCUUCAUUUGCGCAUGCGCCGAUGUCUCGCACAUUCUGCACCAUAGCGUACACGAAACAACCCCGCAGCCGGGGCCACCGAAUCCAUACGUCUUCAGCUACCAAGCUGGACGUGCGCCGGGGCAUGUCGAUCGCCAGCACACCGAAGUAUCUGACGGCACUGGCGUUGUACGCGGUGCCUUCUCCUAUGUCGAUCCCAAAAACCAGCUGCGCACUGUGCAAUAUGUAGCCGACAAGCAUGGUUUCCAUCCGCAACUCAGCCACGAACAGGAGGAUACCGAGGCCGUGAAACAGGCAAAGCGGAAACAUUUUGCGUUGUACAAUCGCAUUGCGCAAGAACAUGCCGCUGACGGCGGUCACGGCGGACAUGAAGCUUACGCUGCCGGACCGAGGAAUACUGAAGCUGUUGCCUAUGCCACACACAAACAUCUUAGUGAAUAUGAACGCAUCGCUGCUGAGCAUGCACGCAUGCGCGCCGAACUUGAGGCCCAACGAUUGAACAGUCCUCAGGACGAUGGCCAGUACCACGGCGAGGAAGAGCAACUGCAACAUUACUAAUUUUCGGCGUAUCAUUUUAAUUUUCCACUAAAACUCAAAACUUCUUAAGUUCCCCCGUAGGUAAUUUUUUAGCAGGUUUUAUUUUUGUUAUCUUGUUACACAAUAGUUGCGUUGUGAAUAUGCAGAGUAUGGCUGGAAUUUCAUUUGCAUAUCAAUAAAUGUUUAUUUUCUCGCAGCAA